AUGUGGAGAAAAUACUUGAAAGAACACCAUUAAUAGAAGAUGAAAAAGAGGAGACUAAAUUUUCUCGAACUUUUCGUUUGAAACAACGAAAGGAAUUAAAGGGAAGAAAUUUAAUCACACCCGAACAGAUAAUUCAAUAUAAUUUGCCACUUGAUAUUGCCUUGUACUUGAAUUACUACAUCAGUAAAAUUGUUAUAGUAACUAAAGAUUCUGCGUCAAUCACUCAAAUGUACAAUAAUCUAAACACUCUCAUAGAUUGCUUAACAAACCUAGAGAGAGUUCUUAGAUCACCAAUUCCUUUUGCCUAUGCCAUUCAUCUUUUUCAUACCACAUGGAUAUUUUGUUUGUCACUUCCAUUCCAAUUAGUUGGAGACCUUGAUUGGGUCACGGUGCCUAUAGUAUUUUUGACUUCACUCAUCUUACUAGGAGUCGAUGAGAUCGCAGAUGAGAUCGAAAAUCCAUUUGGUACAGAUCCGAAUGAUCUAGCAAUAGAUAAAGUGAGUGAGCAUGGAGAUAAAGGAGCGAAGAAAGAAAUGAAAGGAGGGAUCAUGGAAUAUUGGUGGACUGAGGCAAAACAUGCGGUAGAAAAACCAAAAAAUCAAGCAAAAAUAAAUGCAUCAAAACAAGAGGUUGAUGAAAUAAAAUCAAAUCAUGAAAAAGAG